AUGGCUUCACACGCGCGCGCACGGAACAAGCGCUUUAGCGCUGAUAAUGUGGAGAAGAAGGCGAUUCGCACGCUGAUCAGGAAGAUUAUCGAACCGUUUCGCAGCAUGCAAGAGAAGCCGCCCUUCAAUCUGGAAGAUCUCAUCGUCAUGGCGCUUAUGGAAAAGUCAAGGAGCGCUGAGUCAGUUCAAAGAUGGAUCUUCCUCAAUUUCAUCUACUACAGCGAGAUGGCAUUUCGCCAUGCCUGGAAGACUACGCUUGGCUCACCUACAGACCCCGGCCAUCGACUGAUAAAUUUCGCAUCCCAUUUGGACAAGGCGUUCAGAACAUACGACAUCCCUCUGGAGAAAGUCAAAGGCGACCCUCACAUCCUCAGCCUUGACAGUGACGAAUGGAGUGUCCCCGCCAACCAAGGCAUGGUUUUCCUGCGAGAUGUUAUUCCGCAGCGCGAGGCUCAGAUGAUCAAGAAGCCUUUUCGCUUCCUUGAUCUCCCUCCAGAACUUAGGGAGAAGAUCAACUCCAUCGUUCUCAGCUUGCCAAAAAGUGGCGUGGCUGCCCGCAGCGUUGGGGCCAAUCGUCGAAUGAGUCUUCUUGCGAGGACACGAGGACACGACGAGCCAUUCGAAUUUGCUGAUGGGACGCAAUACGUCUACGAGUGUAGACCUCUGUCGGUACAACUUGCACUUCUGCUAUGCAAUAAGCAGAUCUUCCAGGAGACAAAGCACCUCUUCUACAGCAUCAACACGUUCAUAUGCGACCAUCAGUUUGCAUUAGGUGAGGUACUUCGGCAACUCGCUCCCGGGCGUCGCAAGCAUCUAGGCCACGUUGCUUUCAAGUACGAUCCCAUCGGUGCGGUUGACCAAGCCAAUAUCAAGCUACUCGGUGAGAUCGAGCAUCUACGCGAGCUGGACAUCAAAAUUGACGAGAAUGUGUGGCUGGCGCGGAAGAACCGAAAUGGCACUCCGAGGUACCCCUCCGUCUUGGAUAUUCCGGGAAUACGCAUAUUACGCAAUAUGCGUGGAUUGAAGAGAGUUAACUUCCACGGCGAUUGCGAGAAGAUCAAAGCGGCCCUGGAGAAAGAAAUGAUCAAACCCAAGCUACGGAAGAAGGUGAGGGAGAGUCGGAAGAGGAAGGCUGCGAAUGAGAGUGAGACGAGCGAGAAGGGAAAGAAGAUGAAGAAUAGGUUGCAGGAAGGUGGAAGCGGCUAG